AUGUCGGGCAAGCCCACAGUCAAGCGCUCAGAGGUCCUGGACACUGGGGAAGACACAGUAUACAAGGAAGCGAAGAAUAAUGGUUUGGAGAUCCUGGAUCCAGGGGAAGUGGUGUACAGGGAGGCGAGGACUAAUGGCGUGGUGACUAAGGGAGUGAUCCUUGAAUGUGGUUCAACGCUCCCAGAUGUCUACAUCUGGGGGUUCACCAAGCCGGGGACAGCAACCAUUCGUGCAUUGGCCUAUAACUUUGGCAAAGGCCCCAAGCUGCAGAAACUGGCCAGAACGCUAGGAGAGCUGAGUAUCAUCCAGAAGAGUGCCUCUAUAUCCAUUGCCAAGAUACCCAUUGCUGCACAAGGACUUUACACUUGUCAGGCUCUUUACGACACAGUCCAAGGAGCCAAACUAUACUAUUAUUACAUACACCUUCGUGUAUUAGUGCCAGUGACAAGGCCAUACAUUGUCCUUAGCGAUUCCUCUCCAUCAGAAGGCAAAUCCAUGUGGAUGCGCUGUGGCCUUGAAAAUGGCACCGGACCCGUUAACUACAUCUGGGAGCACACAACAGCUGACAACACAACCCGUAUCAUGGCACGGGGCAACAACAGCAUAGUUAAUGUCACCUUGGUUACCCGUAACCAUACUGGGUGGUACAGGUGCCUGGCACGUAACGAGGUGAAUCAGGGACGCAGUGACCGUACCUGGCUUGAUAUCAUCUUUGGGCCGGACAUUCCUCAAAUUGAGGUCACCCCUUUCUCUGUCUCGGAACGAGGCUAUUCAGCUCUAGAGAAGGAGACCGUCACCCUCUUAUGUCAAGCGUCUUCCAACCCUCCUAGCCAGUAUAUCUGGUUCUACAACAACUCCCAGGUUUACAUGGGACCAACCUUCACCAUCACCAGGAUCCUGCGCAUGCACACAGGUCACUAUGCUUGCCUGGCCCAGAACUCGUACCUCAACACCCGCUCCAAGAAAACCAUCACCCUCACGGUCUACUAUCCACCUGAUGGAACUCCAUCAUGUACCAUUCGUCCUACCAACAACUACACAGAUCUGACUCUCUGGUGUUCAUGGGAAGGGGGAUACCCUCACGCCUCUCUGCACUGGAGCCCAUUCCUGCCAGGGGCAAAUGGGCAGGGUUACGCCAACGCCACCCUCAUCCAGCGAGGGCUUGGCACCGCAAACAACUCUGUGUUUGUGUGUCAUGGGUCCCAUGUUGCCCUCAACGUAUCAACAAGAUGCAGCACUAGAACAUGGCAUCCUCCAGGAGAGCCCCAAUGUUACGCCUACGCCACCCGCCACAAUGAGUACCUGAUGUUCUCGUGUUCCUGGGAAGGGGGCUUUCCCAGAGCGUUGCUAUGGUGGUCCUCCACCACUGGAGACACACAUGGAAAGUCUGAGGAGAACUCUAACAUUCUGAUACUGCGCUCUAGUGCUACCUACAGUGAGGCUCCAGUACUAGUGACACAGCGCAGCAUGGUCUCUGUUUAUGAAGGAAGUGAUGUGCAGCUUACCUGCAUACUGAAGGCUAAUUAUCCUGCCACCGAGAUCACGUGGUACAACAACUUGAAGCAGCACGUCAUAGAAUCCCCCACAAAGUAUGUCCUGCAGCACGCAGCAGCCUGGUCCAACCUCACAGUGAAGGAGACAGACGGCCUGACUGACAGCGGCCAGUACUGGUGCUCAGCAACCAAUGCAGUGGGGGGAACAGAGAUUCCCAUUCAUCUGCUGGUGAAGAGAUAUCCAAUGCCACCCAAUGUGACCAUCAUCAAGAUCGCAUACAGCAGCCGUCAACAGACAGAGGUUGACAUGGAGUGGUUCAUAAAGACUGAGGAAGACAUCACUGGGUUUAUCAUUGAGCGCCGCCGGGUACCACGGCCCGAGGGAAAGAGGGAUGUUGAUGCCCCCUGGCAAAAAGUGGCAGUAAACCUGGAUCCUGGCAUUCGCACCUAUAAGAUGGGAGGUUUUGAUCCAACUGGCCUCUAUGCAGUCCAAAUCAUGGCUGUCAAUCAUCGCACCAUAGGACAUCCAUCAGAAGGAAAGAGCCCAGGUGAGCUUUGGAGGAUGACUGCAUACACGAGCAUCACUGUGUGGUGA